GCGAGAAGCAGUCAGUCAGUGACAGAUGAAGAGAAAGAGACAGUGCGCGCGGUGCGGCGCGUGAGGAAAUGUCAGAAUGGGAGAACAAGUGAUGAUAAAAAGUAACAACGCUCACACACGGUCUCUGUCCACGGCUGUUUAAGCAUGUCCACAGAUGACAGCAUCUCGGAGGACGUGUCCAGCUCUGUGGCCUUGAGCCACGACCAGAUCAGUGCCAAUGACGGGAAGGAGAGCGAGGCAUCCAUCGUCUCCUCUGAGGACACCGUAUCGGGUCUCCCCGAAGAGGAGCGCUCCGCGUCCCGCCCUGAGGGCUUCCUUCAGACCACAGAAGGGGAAAACAGACCCUCCACCACACCAGCAUGCAACAUUUCAAACAAAAUAAGGAAUCUGUGUCUUCGCACCGAGGAGGAGUUCAGCUCAGGGAGAAGUUUGCCCUUCAUCAACCCCAGCUCCAUAGAGACGCUCAGAGCUUUGGUCCAGGAGAUCCAGAGCAGCGGCGAGACCGACCCUGAGAUCUGGAAGAACUGUGAGGGCCGGUGGCUUCAUCUCUUUCAGUUGGUGGAAAAGCAAUAUCAAGAGCAAAUCCUUGCUCAGCAGGAGCAGUACCAGUGCCAAAUACAGCUCAUACAGGAUGAAAUUAAGGCGUUAGUGCAGUUACAGAACCGCCAAAUCAGCACACAGACUCACUCUCUGGAGCCCAGUAAGAACCCCAAGCCUCUAGAGGACCCGGUGGAGAACACCUUUACGCUGUCGGCUCCAGGACCUCUGUCGCCCCCCCAGCUCACCGUUCACCCUCUGGAGAGCUCGGAGGAGGGGAUGGUUACUGUUCUGAGCAGCGGGUAUGGGACUCUUUCCACCUGGGAGCAUGGGUUAGAAACAGGGCGGCCAAGUUCCACAGAGGGGAGGGACGAGGCGCUGUGGUCCCCGAACCAGCAGGACGGGAGUCUUACACCAUCACCUAUACCUCUCGCAAGCCCUCUGGGCCAGAACCCGCUGAGCAGAACCAAUGACAAGCUCCAGACGGCAGUUGCACUUGAUGUGCUGACUGAUAAACGGAGAGUAAUAAGUCAACCCCUGACCUCCUGGGCCCAAAGGCAAAAACACAGGCAGAGAAAGAGUCGAACGACACCAAACCGGACGUCACAUGUGGAGGAGCGGGACAGGAGCACAGCAGGAGCAGGAUCUCCUAAGGAGCACACAGAUCACUUACCUGAUCGUGGAUGCAGCACAGCCUCCAUGAAUCCAAUGCCUCUAAAGAGAAGUGACAGUCUGGUGUCUGAAGCCUCAGGCCUGUCUUACUGGAAACUGGAUGAGAGUGAGUUAUACCGCCCUCUACCUGACAACUUUGAAAGUGCUUCCUUUUUCCUAAUGCAGACUCCAGAUGAGAGCCAUCUGUCCCUGCGGGAGAUCUACCAGAGCAAGAGAGCAGAUCCCAAAGGCCACGAAUGGGACUCCUUAAUCAACUCAUCCACCUCGUCUCCUCAGGUGUUGACUCUGGACUCCACGGUGCAUGUGAAGCACUCGGAUCGUACGUCAGGCUUCACGUCGCCGUCCCACUUCAGCAGUCCAUCUGCGCAGGUCCGGGCCUGUCCCGGCAGCAGCGGAGCGCCCGUCAGUCCCGACUCCAUGGCCCUGCGCAGCCACAGCGACACCGACUGCAUGUCUAACGCCAGCAGUCUGUCUGCACAGCAGGUGCCUGACCGGACGUCUCCCUCGCUGGUGGCGCUGAGAGCAAACCAGGCCAACAGUGAGGAUGAGGGCAGCCACACUGCCACGGUCACCGUACAGCCCAGAGGACUGUCUGCUCAGGACAUGUACAAGCCCAACAGAAGCAGCCCCGAGACGGGCAGUGGGAAAAUGGAGCGGACGACCUCGCUGGAGGACCCGGUUGUUCUCUCGCUAAUGAGACAGAACCAGAGAGAGAAACAUUCCCGUCACAUAUCUGAUCUCAGAGCGUACUAUGAGGCUGAGAUCAGUGCCCUGAAGGAGAAACUAGAUCUGGUGAAUUUGCCUCUUGACAUGGAGAAAAGCAACCAAAUCUUGCUUGAGAGAUGUCAGCACCUGGAACGAGCGUUAACGGAGGCGAGCACACGCAUCCGAGAGCUGGAGAUCAAAAACCACCUCUUGGAGAGACAGCUGCUCCUCCACGAGUAUGAUUCACUGAGAAGGGAGCAUGAGGGAGCGAAGGACAAGUUGGCCUCGACUGAAAAUAAGCUCUUUGAUGCCAAUGAACAAAUAUCAGAACUGAAAAGAGUCAUCUCUAAGCUAGAGGCUCAAUUCCGACAGCUACAGCACGAAAAUCUGGCUAAAACACGUCAAUCUCUCCACAGCCACUCACAACCAUCUGGAGCAGGUUUGUUCCACCACCCUGAUCUUCUGCUUUCACCGAGUAAAAGGCAGCGAGAUGUUGAUGUGGGCAUGAGGAACGGCGCUGGUCUCAGAGGUGAACAGACAUCCGGAGCUAGAGGACGGCUGUCUCCACCAGAGAGAGAACAGACUCAGGGUCACUCUGAAGAGCCGAGGAAGAGGGAUGUUCCCCUGACGCCCAUGAUGAAGGCCCUGAUCCAGAUGGAGGACACCAAAGCCACUGAGGGCCGCGCACUAUCCAAGAGAGGCUGUGCUUCCUCCAGUAUGUCACAAAACGAAUGGGUGCCGUCAGAAUGA